GUUUGCCACACUCUUGCUCAUUCGCUCAUGUUAAAAUUCAUGAUGCAAUUAAUUUAUAUCACAUAACUGCUAAUUAAAACAUAUUAAAUAUUAAUGCAUUUCACUUGGAAUUAGAACAAACACGAGACUGAGUGAAAACAGCGAAUAAGAAUUUCUAAUGCUUAUCAGCGAUUCGUGAUGCAACCGAUUUUAUUUCCGGUAUGAUCACCGAAAGCAACUGCUGGCUAUUAAUAAAGACUCGAUUAAUUUUAUCAUCGAUCAAUAGCAUCGAUUAAUCACCCAAGUGUCUUCCCUAUCGGUUAGACGUUCAAGGGAACAUCCUGUUGUGAUCUAAUUAUCUACUUAUUCAAGCGUAUAGAUUAGUAUAGAUGUUAAAAUCGCGAGUCAGAUUGCCAAGUUGCGAAUCGUCAUCGGAUGAUGAAUAUAUGAACGACGGUUACUUUUUCUUGGCUCGGCUCUUCUUAGUGCUCGAUGCCAAACACAGGAUAUAUCAAUCAUGUCAUCAUGAAUGGAGUUUAUAAAGAAUAUGUGUAAAGAAAAAUUGUGGUAUGAAGAAUAAUUAUAAAAAGAAGAAAUUAUUGCAUGGUAUGAAGAGUAAUCAACGAUAAUUAUAUACGAUAAAGUAUAAUAAUAUGGAUAAGGAGACGAAAUAACAAAGAAUUCCAAAUAUUUGGACAAUACAUUUGACGAAUACAAAAUUAAAACAAAAAUGAUUAAAUUGAAGAGGGAAUGGAUAUUUACAUUCUCUUACGGAAUAUUGUUAUUAUUGUUGAGAUUUAUAUGAUGAAAACGAUUUCAUGAUUUUUAUAAAAAAUCAACUGGAACAUCCAACGAUUUCGAAUGAAAUCUCCGAUAGGCAUCAUUGCGUUUUGGCCAUUAAUUCAACUAUGAAUCAGUGAUGUGCGAACAGUGCGCAAUCGGACUAUUAAUAAACAUCGCUCAGCAUCGAUCAGUCACGAUCCAAUUAUUAGCCGAGAGGUGCUGAUUGGCCGUUCCCAAUGUGGCAAUCGUAAGAAAAAGCUACAAAAGAUACCAGCGCAUUUGACCGGUCCAAUUUUUCACGAUCGUUCCAUGUCAAAUGUCCCCUACGGACCGUCCAACUAUGAAAGACUUAUGUUGGAUGAAACCUUAAUAAAAACUCACCCAAAUACUCGAAAAAAUACCCGCCAACCCUCGAAGAUCGAUAUUUGUAUAGUCGUUGAGUGUAACGGUCGGAAGCAGAAGUGAACAGAAGAUAAACAGUGUUGACAAAAUUUUUUCAACGAAAACGAAGAACAAUUAUUUAAACGCGUGUAGUUUUGGGCUAGAUGGAAAUUCUCACUAAACUGGCUUAUUUGAAGGAAAAAUUUCAACAAAUUUAUUAAGGAGAUCAGGAAAUUUUAAAAAAGAUAUUCCCCAAGUUGUAAGGACUAAAAGAAACCUGAGAAACAGCAUCAAGCAAAAAUGGCUGGCAUCACGCCGCCAAUGUACAUCCCAACCGAACCAAAGUGGAAACAUUGGCCCACCUACAUCUACGAUACGAAUUAUAACUAUGGGAUUAAUUUCUAUCAGCCGAUGCUCAGCUAUAUUGACCGCGAAGGUCGAUCUUCGACGUCACCGCGCGAUUAUCGUGUACGGGGACGAUCGGAACCCCCGGAAUUACCCUGGUCAGAUGGCAGGGCCUUAUGGGCGAACAAGCCUGUGGAACCGUAUUCAAGACGCGAGCUAAUCCAGCGAGCGAUCGAUGCCGAGGACGAAGCCAGGGAUCACUUGUCUCAUUUCAAGAUAGCGAACCGAUCGGACUUCAGCUUAUCGAAGACAGCGCAAGCCAGCCACGUGACGAGGGAGGUGUUUCCGCGGAGAUUAGAGCAGAUUCGUUUGCAGCCAUUACCGUUACUCGUAGACAGUGCGCGCGUCAGGUCCGAGGCUAGACAAAUCCAAAGAGAAAUGGCCGAUAUCGAUUUUCAAUCGUUGAGGGACGUGCAAAACAUGUCCGAGGUGCAAAGCGCCCUUGACCACGGGAGAAGUCUUCGCGGAAAAUCGGCGAGAGCGAUCGAGUUUCAUUUAAGGGCGGAAGCGCUGAAGAACUUGAGCAAGAGCCAAGAAUUGGCCGAUAUCAGGAAAUUUCAGAGAGAGAAUCGCGCCGCGAAUUUAAUAAUGGAUACCAGAAACCAUCUGAGAAUGAUGGAGGAGAGGACGAGGGAUCUGAUCGACGAGGAUAGGCUGGCCGCGCCGUUGAACUGCCUGAGCAAGGAGCUGCGAGGGUACGAGGAGAAGUCGAGCAACUACUUCCUGGACAAGAGGUAUCAACACCCGACCAGACCAAGACGAUUAUACGGAUGCCUGGGAAUCAGGCCCGCAUGAUUUGAUAAGAGGAUGGAUAUUUUAGUAGAUUAGUAGCUGUGUGGGUAAGAGUAAUGUGACACGAAACAACGAAGAGAAUAAACGAUAAAUGAGAAGUACAUAAUCGAAUACACUGUCGUUUGAUCCUCACGAAUUACACAAUUGUAGAAUAGCUGAUUAAACGUGUAUACUUACGUAAGA